AUGCGUAUCCGUGACGAGUACGAACACGCGGUGGAGGCGCUGUAUGCUCGGAGUUUGAUGGUGCCGGGGCUCAACACGCGACUGCAGAGUGUGGAGACGCAUUGUCUUCGACAGCUGAGCGCCAGCAGUGCGGAAGCGAAGGCGCGUUUGUUGACGCUUAAGCGCCGACUCGCAGAGACUCAGGCGAUGCUGGCUGCGAGUGCGGCUGAGAACGCUCGCCUCAAUGCGGCGCUGAAGGCUGAGAAGGGCAAGGUCAUCCAAGCGGAGAAUAAGCUGGCAGAGGUCCAACGAUCCACGUUGGCGCUAGCUAGCAGCGUCCGUCGACACGAUGAAAGUCUACGAGCUGGCCACGAGCGCUCUCUGGAAGACGCUAGGGCGCUGCAGAAG